AUGUCGACUGCCACACAGACGGACCAAGUGGUGGCGGAUCUGCAGGCAAUCGCAGGCUUCUUGGCGACGAUGAAGGAUGCUGGCAAUUACGACUCUGUCCGUGAAGGGCAGGUCCUGGCCCUCAUCCAGCGGGUUCAAAGCAUGAGGCUGAAGCCACAGGAUGGCACAGCCUUGGUGAAUGCUUGGCAGCAAGGCCCUUGGACACAGGCACAGAGCCAGAGGUUCUCCGAAGCAGUUGCUGCCGUCGUUUCGAACCAGAGCAAUGCUGCAACAGACAAGCGAGGCAUGCAACACCUCAGCAGUUUCGAACACUUCUUGUCAGUGAAGGACAUUGAGAUUUUGGGUGGUCAAUGCAACAACACAAUGAAGCUGGAAUGCCUCGCAAGCAGGUGCUGCAGACUUCGUUUGGUGUGCCCAAGCGAGCCUUCAGUCCGAGCCAUUCUCGCAGCAGGAAUGGCACACGGGGCCAAGCAAGUGGGCAGAAAUGGAAUCCAUUUGCUCCACUACCCCGGCUCCGUGGAGGAACUUCCUGCUGAGCUUCGCACUGCAGCAUACGAUGCAAACGACUCUGCAUGCUCACCCCAAAGCCUUUCUCCUGCCGAUGUGCACAAGGCUUCUGGGCAGCUCGUCAUCCGAGGCUCUGACAAGAGGGUCAAGAACUCUGGCACGGGAGGCUUCAUGCAGACCAUGCCCACGCAGCAGCCCUGGUCAAAUCCCAUGGGCAUGGGAUCGAUGCCAGACCCUUCUUCGGGCAUGACAAUGAUGGGCUGGCUUCGAGGCAUGCAAUGCAUGCAGCAGAUGAUGCAAACAUCCAAUCCCGAUCAGCUUUUGUCGAACCUACAGAUUUUCAGGCCCGGACAAUCGCAGCAGGCAUCACAGGCAACUGCCAAUGUUCAGCAGCAAGCUCUUGUCACAUCGUCCUCCAGUACCAGUGGUCAAAAUGCAGCUUGCACUGCUGGUGUGCAGCAGCCAUCACAGGUUGCCCUGCAGUCGCCGAGUCGUGAGACCGCAACCGUCCCUCAGGAUCCUCAAAAUUCGCCACCUGCUGGUGGGGUCGCACCUGGCAAGACGGUUCAGACGGAGCUGGACGAUGACGGGAUCCUUGCCGCUGCCGCCCUUGUGUCAGAUGCCUUGGACGAGAAGAAGGGUGAGAGGAGUCGUGCCUCCGAAUCUUUCAAGAAUGGCAGCGCAAAGGGCAAGGGGAAAGGCGCCAAGAAAACGAAGGGCAAGGGCAAGGGCAAGAAGGGCACGAAUGGCGACAAGACCGUCGGCAAGAAGGGCAACGGCAAGGGGGGCAAGGGCAACAGCACCAAGGUGAUGAAGAAGCCCGCCAUGGCAAAGGCAAAGGCCAUGGCGAACCCAGCGACCGGCACACGGGAGUACUAUGCCAACUUGCCGAUGAAGAAGAGAUUGGCCCUGCGACCACAUGGAUCUAUAAAGAUGGCUUUGGCUGCAUUGGGCCGAAAGCACUAUGUCUCCCAGAGUGCUCUGGAGGCACUGUUGAAGGAACUGAAGGAAACCCCUCUUCCGGAUGCUGGGUCCAGAAGAACUAUCAAGCGGGCCAGGGAUGAGCACAUCGACAUGCAAACUCCUCACGGUUCGUUGAUCACACAUAUCGCCGUGAAGUUGCAAAAGGACGAGUCUCAGGUGAAUCUGCCAGUGUUGAAUCUGCCUGCUUUUUUGUGGCAUUUUUGCAACGACCUUCCCCAGUUCGCAACCUUCUUCCAGAAGAGGAUGCACGUGCACCCGAAUGGGCCAGAUCGUGCAUGGACCAUGACACUCUAUUCGGACGAGAUAAGUCCUGGCAACCAACUCAAAGUUUCCAAUAGCAGGAAAAUACACGGGUUCUAUGUGACCUUUGACCAGUUUGGCGCCGAAGCAAGGUCCCGGGAAAGCUUCUGGUUUUGCUUGUCCCUGGCAAGGAGUUCUGUGGUGAACCAGCUGCUAGGAGGACUUUCAGGCCUCACCCACGAACUGAUCAGUUCAGGCCCUGUGAAAGCUCUGAGCACUGGCUGCAUGUUGACGAUGCCCGAUGGGCAGAGAUGCAUGUUUUUCGCAAAGUUGGGAACUAUGCUGGGCGACGAAUCAGCUCUGAAGUUUGUUUUUGAUGUGAAAGGAGCAUCGGGGACCCUGCCGUGUCCCCUGUGCUCCAACAUCAUCAGCAGAAUCAGUGCUGCUGAUGAUUACGAUGCGACUGGCACUUUAAGGAGCAUAUCCUGCACGGAUCCGAACGAUUUCGUCCUCCGGACAGAUGCUGAAAUCUUUCGGGCACACGAGCUACUGGAAAGGCGGCAGGCGACGUUGUCGAAGAAGGAUUAUACUCGAUUGGAACAAUCCUUGGGUCUCAACUGCAACCCCAAUGGAGUCCUGCAUUAUCGGUCCAUGCCACUCGUGCAGUCGUUAAUGUUUGACUGGAUGCACGUGUUUCUCGUGACGGGCCUGUGGCAAACAGAAAUGGGCUUAUUGCUGCCCCUGUUGUACAGUGCCGGUCAUUCGGCGGAGACUUUGUUGGCUUACAUGAUGCAGAUCCAAUGGCCCCAGAACCUUCGUGGUAGAAUCAAUGAGACAUUGCAGCUUUUCAAAAAGAAAACCUCGCCGAACGAGUUCAAGUCGUCAGCCUCGCAAGGGCUCAAUGCCUAUCCUUUGGUGCGGAUGUUUCUGCUGAGCUUGGAUGUGUCUAGCAUGAACGAUGCACUCAAGUUGGCCGUCAAGUCUUUCUUCAAGUUGUGCAUUGUCUUGGACAUUCUUUUGUCCAUCAAUCGUGGCGAAAGUGAUGCCAGUCGUGGUUUGGAAGGAGCCAUACAGCAGCAUUGCCAAGCCUUCAAAACAGCACACGGCGAAGACCACAUCACUCCGAAGUUCCACUAUGCCCAACACUUGGGCAGCAUGGCUGCAACCAAGGACCUCGUGUCGUGCUUUACGCACGAGAGGAAACACAAAGAGGUAAAAAACUUUGCAGACCACAUCAAAAACCCUACCAAGGGUUUCGAGGAUGCCAUCAUGAAGGAUGUGCUCGGCCGGUUCCUCUUAGCAAUGGAAGGCAGCACCGGACUUGUGCAGCCGCAUUUGAUCUCCCCCAAGCCUGCGAGCCCUCUUCUCAUGGCGAGUUUGGUGAGUGCUUUCGGGGCCGAGUCCGUGGGCCAAGCUCAGGGGGCUUUUGCAGCUCAGGUUUCACCUGGCUGCAUUGUGCACAAAGCUGACUUUGUUAAGCUGAAGUCCGGUGAUGUAGCCGAAGUGUGGUUGCAUGCACGACUCGGCUCCGGCGACCUUGUCACUUUGCUGCAGCCGUUUGCUGGGCUUGGUCGAAACAUGUACCAGCAGAAUGCGGAGGGGGCUCGUUUCGUGGCCUCAUCGGGCAUUCAGUCUGCAUGCCUGUAUGUGCCCGAAGGCCCUGGCAGAGUCAGGGUUGUGCCUUGA